GAGGACUAAGAGCACUCCCAUCAAGAGAUGAUGGGGGAGAGUUCACACGUAAACCAAGAAAAAAAAAUAUAUAAAAAUCAGAUUUUUAUGAAUUUCUCUUUCAAAACUGCGGUGAAUCCCGAUGAUCUCGGAUUCAUCCUGGUCAGCAUAUGAUUGAUCCAUUAUUAAUUUUUUUUAUAUUUUAAAAGGUGUCAAAAGAGAAGGAAGAAGUGAGAAGCGAAAAGUGAUUACUUCAGUAGCCAAAGAAACGUGUUUGUUCCGUCAAAGAAAAAAGAAAAGAAAUGGAAGCGGCGACGAAGCAGAGCGUUACAAACCGCCUUCUCACCGUGAAGUCAGCCUCCGGCAAGAGUUACAGCCAACUAGCGGCGGAGACAGGUCUCACCAACGUCUACGUGGCUCAGCUGCUCCGUCGCCAAGCCCAGCUCAAACCCGAAACAGUCCCUAAGCUCCGUGAAGCUUUACCUGCUCUGACAGAUGAACUCAUCGGCGUGAUGAUGUCUCCCCCGUGGAGAUCUUAUGAUCCAAACCUUAUCCAAGAACCUACCGUCUACAGGUUGAAUGAAGCAGUGAUGCAUUUCGGUGAGAGUAUAAAGGAGAUUAUCAACGAAGAUUUCGGCGACGGCAUCAUGUCGGCGAUAGACUUCUAUUGCUCUGUGGACAAAGUUAAAGGAGUGGAUGGUAAUAACCGUGUCGUCGUGACACUUGAUGGGAAGUAUCUUCCUCAUUCUGAACAGAGGACGGAGAAUAUGGUCUCAAGGCUAAACCUUAAGGGAAGUACAAGCGAAUGAUUUAAGAAGAAAACGAUUCGUAUGAAUAUAAGCAGCAAGCCUUUACUCCAGAUAUUCAUGAAGGCCUUAUGUCUAAAGCUGUAACAUUAUUGUACUAUUUAUGGUGUUUGUUUAUCUCUACUCUAUGCUACUCCAUCCUCUCAUGUUGAAUAACAGUGAAUAAUAUAAAAACCAUGAAACCUUUCUUAUCUUCGUACUCAACAUUGUGUAGUUUAGUUUUGAUUCAUGCUGAGCAUUGAUUGAAUAAAG